AUGAACGUUUAUGGGACCAUAUUUGUGGUCUUCGUGGUUUUUACAUGCAUAGCACGAAAUCUCUACAUAACACAUAGCUAUUUCAGGAAAAAUGGAGUUAAGCAUUUACGUUGUGUCCCAUUUUUUGGGAAUAUGUUUACAAUAGCUAUAGGUUGGGAUCAUUUUACUUCCCUCUCGGACAAGUUGCGCGAAAAAUUUCCAAGAGAAAGAUUCGUUGGUCAUUACAAUUUUAUCCAGCCAGUUAUAGUCGUGCAAGAUUUGACACUUAUUAAAAGAGUAACAGUGAAGAAUUUUGAUUCUUUCCACGAUCGCCAAAAUAUUGCUGACUCGGAUGUUGAACCGUUUUUCGCAAAAAAUUUGUACACCUUAAAUGGUCACAAUUGGAGAGACAUGCGUUCGACAUUAAGCCCAGUGUUCACGAACUCUAGGAUAAAACAGAUGAUACCCUUGAUAGAGGAAGUGGGCGAGCAGAUGAUAAGCUUUCUGUUAGAGAUGAUCAACGAUAGCAAUACUGGCUCUAUCGAAUUAGAAGUAAGGGACUUGACAAUGCGUGUGGCUAACGAUGUGAUCGCGAGCUGUGCUUUUGGAUUGAACAUAAGUUCGCUAAGAGAUAAAAAAAACAAGUUUUACAGUAUGGGUCAGUUAGUUGGUGCGGGCAAGUUUUACUACAUUCUACUUAGCGCGGCCAUAUGCAUGUUUCCAUCUCUUACAAGAUAUGUUAAAGAUAAAUUGCAAAAUUGUUGGCCGGAAAAUUCCUGGCCAGGAUAUAGUAUAUUCGGCAACCGCUAUUCAAACCAGAUUUUAGCAGGCAACUCUAUGCCAUCGUAUUUGCAAUUAAACAGCGCUCAUUUUUAUAUAAUUGAUGUGAAAUCAUUCUCAGCAGAAUCUAAAAAAUACUUCUGCGAUAUAGUGUUAGGCGGAAUGAGAAAAAGAGAGACGCAACGAACUAUCAGACCCGACCUGAUUCAUCUCCUCAUGGAGCUUAGAAGAGGUCGGCUGAAGCAUGAUGAUAAAUCUACCGAUAGAAAAGAAUUUGGCUUCGCAACCGUGCCAGAAUCGUCUUAUGGGAAGAAUAUGGUUAGCAGAGCGUGGUCAGAUGAUGAACUCGUAGCUCAAGCAGUCAUGUUCUUUGUCACUGGUUUCGAAACAAUAUCCAUGGUGUUGUCAUUUGCACUACACGAGCUCGCUCUUCAACCGGAGAUACAGGAGCGUCUUGUUAAGGAGAUCAAGGCACAGUAUGUUAAAAAUGGUGGCAGAGUGACCUUUCGAUCCAUCCAGAACAUGACAUAUAUGGAUAUGGUGAUUUCUGAAACCCUUCGCAUGUGGCCACCGCAUUUAUUUUUGGACAGAAUGUGCGUUAAAGAUUUCAACUUAGGGAAAUCUAAUCCCCGAGCGUCGCAGGAUUAUCAAAUUCGAAAAGGUCAUGUUUUAACGAUACCCGUAUGGUCUACUCAUCGUGAUCCUAAUAUAUUUCCAAAUCCUGACAAGUUCGAUCCUGAACGUUUCUCUGAAAAGAAUAGAGACAAUUUUGACCCCAUGGCUUAUAUGCCCUUCGGUAUUGGCCCUAGAAAUUGUAUAGGUUCAAAAUUUGCUCUUUGUGAACUGAAGGUUCUGCUAUACCAACUCCUGUUAUAUGUAGAAGUAUAUCCAUCAAAGAAAACUUGUUAUCCGUCAAAACUAUCAAACAGUGUGUUCAAACCUCAACUAAAAGGUGGUCAUUGGUUGAUGUUUAAGAGUCGUCCUUAAGUUGAGUAGUUCAGUAUAGUAAUUCGUUUUUGUUAUUAUUAUUUGACUUUUGUUUUGUUAAGAAAUACAAUGUUAACA